CAUGAAUGAAAUUGAGGAUGAACCCAAGGAUGUGAUUCAAUUGAAGUUUGAGAAGCUCUCAUUAGAUGAAGUAGCAGCCCUGGUCAUUUCUCCCUGCUGUGGAGCUGUAUCUUUCUUUGUAGGCACCACAAGGAAUAACUUUGAAGGGAAAAAAGUCGUACAGUUAGAAUAUGAAGCCUACACAACAAUGGCAGAAGCUGAAGCGAAGAAAAUAUGCAAAGAUAUUAGAGUAAAAUGGCCUUCCGUGAAGCAUAUAGCAAUACAUCAUCGACUUGGUUUGGUUCCCAUUAGUGAAGCCAGCGUGAUUGUAGCCAUCUCCUCCCCUCAUCGAGCAGAGUCUCUCAAUGCCUUGCAAUAUUGCAUCAAUACUUUAAAAGCUACUGUCCCCAUAUGGAAAAAGGAGGUAUAUGAAGAGGACUCUUCUUGGAAAGAAAAUAAGGAGUGCUUUUGGAUCAAGGGAGAAAAAUAAAAUAUUAAUGUGCCAAAAAAGAAAGCAGAAGAAAAGCUGCUUCAGGGUGUUAAACUGAACUGGGAAAUUCAAUUCAGUUUUUGGUAGAUCAUUUUUAGAGAUACAGGAAGUAUUUGCAUCAUGGCCAACUGUUUAAAAUAUACAAUCUUUAGAUUUCUUUCUCUGUGUUAAUAAGCCUUAAUCCUUAAAGCCAUUUCAAAAAUAGAAUUGUAUUCCAAAAUUGAACUUGUAUGAAUUAUGAUUCUCCAACUUUGAAAUGGAAUGAGAUAAUGAAAUCAUUUAUCCCAGUUAUUUAGGAAUAUUAUUGCUUUCACGGGCUUCUUUGUAAUCAUUGUCUGUUUAUUCUUUCAGAUCAAAUUGAUGUUUUGAGUAUCUCCAAAUUCUGGGUAGUAGCUGAAGCAUUGUGAUGUUUGUUAAAUGUGUGUUACUUUUGCUCCCUAUCAUAAAUUUAGGUGAUUUGCCCAGUCAUCAUAAAAUUGAAUUAAAAAAUUAAAACCA